AGCGACGUAAACACGUGCACUUCGCAGCUUCCAGGUUACAGUUUUUUCAUUCCCCGUCAUCCUCGCGCACUAGCAUCACUCCCUGACAACAGCAGCGAUGGCGGAGCCCGGAGCAUCGGAUGCGGCGGCCACAUCAGACGCAGCAGCAACAGCAGAAUCCCCGACCGCGGGCCUGUCUCCGGCGGCCAGCCCGGGCUCGGAGCCUCCAUCCAUGGCGCUUUCACCCACAGCGGACGGCUCCCAGCGGCUGCUCUUCACCCACGACCUGGUGUCCGGGCGGUAUCGUGGCUCAGUCCGGUUCGGUAUCGUACGGAUGAUCCACGGUGAGGAAGAUUUUAAUUCGGACUCAGACCUCGACGACGGCGGAGGGAGAGGCGGCGGUGGCGGCGGAGGAGGAGGAGGCGGAGGGGGCGGUGGGGGAGGACGAGUCCCGUGUGGUUCGGACACUGAGAGCGCCGUGGACACCUCCAGUCGGCCUCUCGGGAGGGGGUUUGUCCGUGUCCAGUGGUACCCUGAAGGAGGGAAGCAGGACAUCAGGGAGACAAAGCUGAAACUUGAAGAUCGAUCCAUUGUCAUUCGGGACAUUGUGCGACGAAACAAUUCUAAUGACAACCAGUGUGGUAUUGUGACCAACAUUGACAUUGAGUGUGCGGUGAAGCUAGUGGGAACAAACUGUGUGUUAUAUCCAGUCAACAGCAAAGACCUGCAGCACAUCUGGUCAUUUAUGUACAACGACUACAUCGCUUAUGACUUCUGGUUGGGGAAGGUGUAUGACCUGACUAAUCACAUCAUUCUGAAGCUCUCAAAUGGAGCCAGGUGCUCCAUGAGCGUGGAGGACGGUGCCAAGCUUUACGACAUCUGCCCACAUGUCAGCGAUUCGGGUCUGUUCUUUGACGAGGCGUACGGUUUUUACCCCGGACAGGUCCUGAUUGGUCCAGCCAAAGUCUUCUCUAAUGUACAGUGGCUAUCAGGGGUCAAACCUGUCCUCAGCAGAAAAUACAAGUUCAGGGUGGUUGUGGAAGAGGUGAAAGUGGUUGAGUUGAAGGUGACAUGGAUCACAAAGAGCUACUCCCCUAAAGGCUCGGACAGCGUCUACCCCCCUCCCUCCACCAUCACACAGGAAAACCUCCACAGGGUGAAGCGUCUGGGCUUUUAUGACCACACCCAGAGGCAGCUGGGAGAGAGAGCCCUCUACGUAUUUCCCGCUAAGGGUGACGCUACACGUGUGACCUGUGACGGUACUGAAGGUAUCCCCGUCCUGCCAGAGGAUCCUGUGAUCAGAAAGUUGAAAAGGUUGUUCAAGAAGGAAUCAGGGAAGAAGACAGAGAAUGCUGACUCACAAGGUGAACACAAGUCAGAGCAGACAGACGCGCCACAUCCUAACAACAACAACGGUCCUGUGGUUCCCAUUCAGGACCAGAAUACCAACGAUACCUUGGCUGAACAUGGAGAGCAGGACGCCGAUGACGAGGCCGCAGAGGACACCGAUGACACCAGCUCGCUGACAUCGUCUGCCAGUUCCACAGCCUCCUCUCAGAGCGGCGGUCUGGGAACGAACCGCAAAAAGAGCAUCCCGCUCUCCAUUCGCAACCUGAAGAGGAAGCACAAGAAGAAGAGGACCAAGAUACCCCGCGAGUUCAAACCUGGAGACCGUGUGGCAGUGGAAGUGGUGUCCACAAAGACCACCGCAGAUGUGAUGUGGAAGGACGGGCGGGUGGAGAAGGGGAUCCGAUCGAACGACCUCAUCCCAAUCCAGCAUCUCGACAGCCACGAGUUUUGUCCUGGGGACUUUGUAGUAGACAAGAGACCUCAAGCCUUUCAGGACCCAGGGGUGUAUGGUGUGAUCCAGUCUGGUGAUCACAAGGGCAGAACAUGUGUGGUCAAGUGGAUCAAACUGAACUCAACCAGCGACGACGUGGAGGUCAUCGGUGUGGAGGAGGAUGUCAGUGUUUACGACAUCGCAGAUCACCCAGAUUUCCACUUCCGCACCACCGACAUUGUCAUCAGAAUAUGGAACUCUGAGAAUGGACAGAACGACUGUGAAAAUGAGACGUCGGUGGGUCAGGUGUCCAGAGUGGAUGUAAGCAGCAAAGUGGAGGUGGUCUGGGCAGAUAACUCUAUGACCAUCGUCUUGCCACAGCACCUUUACAACGUGGAGUCUGAGAUCGAAGAGACGGACUACGACUCUGUGGAGGAGACGAGCAGCGUUCUGUCCACUGAGGAGUGGGAGGAUGAGAGUGACAGCUGGGAGACAGAUAAUGGUUUGACCACGGAGGACGACAGUCACGUCAACAACGCAGACGCCACCGACACGGCGACCCCAACCCCGACGCCCACCGGCUCCUCCUUGUUCAUCACCCUCCCACAGGAGGGCAGCAAAGCCGGGGUCACCAGCCCCACUAAAGGGGGCCCUGGGGAGGAGGGAGAAGGAUCAGUGGCUGUGGCUAGUCCUGCAUCCGGUGGAGGAACCACUCCAGGAGCAGCAGUGAACGGAGCCGAGAAGCCCAGUAAGGACGGAGGUUCUCGAGGCUUCAGAGAACUGAAAGAAGCCUUGAAGAUCCUGGAGAGUCUGAAGAACAUGACUGUGGAGCAGCUGUGGACCGGCGGCUCUCCGACCUCCCCCACCUCUGCCGAACCCGCUUCCACAACACACAUAGCGAGUUCGGUGACGCCCACAGCUCCGGAGAAACCAACCAAGGAGAAACGCUUCCUGGAUGACAUCAAAAAACUACAGGAGAAUCUGAGGAAGACGCUGGACAAUGUGGCCAUAGUGGAGGAGGAAAAGAUGGAGGCAGUGGUGGAAGCAGGAGGCAGUGGAGCAGUAGUCACAGAGGUGGAGAGACCAGGGGAGGAAAAACCCCAGCAGGAGCCCCAAACACCUGUGAGUGGACAGGAGUGGCCUAGUGAGUUUCUCAGCGACACACCAGUACUGUGCCAACAGAGUGGUGGCAAACCAGGCGUCACCUUUACCAGUGCCAAGGGAGAGGUGUUCUCUGUGCUGGAGUGGGCACCAGACACACACUCAUUCAAGAAAAUGGAGUUUCAGCCAGCAGAAGCCAAGAAGUUCUUCAGCACAGUCAGAAAGGAAAUGGCUCUGCUAGCGACGUCGCUGCCAGACGGCAUCAUGGUUAAAACCUUUGAGGACCGCAUGGACCUGUUUUCAGCUCUGAUCAAAGGCCCGACUCGUACGCCCUACGAGGACGGUCUGUUCCUGUUUGACAUCCAGCUGCCCAACAUUUACCCUGCUGUGCCGCCUCUCUUUCGCUACCUGUCCCAGUGCAGCGGACGCCUCAACCCCAACCUCUAUGACAAUGGCAAAGUGUGUGUCAGUCUGCUGGGCACCUGGAUCGGCAAGGGAACUGAGAGGUGGACCAGUAAGUCCAGUCUGCUGCAGGUCCUCAUCUCCAUACAAGGCCUUAUCCUCGUCAAUGAGCCGUACUAUAACGAGGCUGGCUUUGACAGUGACCGGGGUCUGCAGGAGGGCUACGAGAACAGCCGCUGCUACAAUGAGAUGGCCCUGAUUAAAAUGGUCCAGUCCAUGACGCAGCUCCUGCAGAACCCUGUGGAGGUCUUCAAACAGGAGAUCCAGGAGCACUUUGUUUCUAACGGCUGGCGGCUCGUCCACCGUCUGGAGGUGUGGCUGGAGUUGAACGACGGUGCCGAGAGGGGCCAGGCGGCGCACUCGUCUUGCCGGGCCCAGCAUUCCAAGGACCGACCCUCGUCUGUGGAGCCUCUGGACGAGCAGCUGCCUCUGGGAUCAGGGCCUGUUGCGGUGGCCCACAGCAGCCCGAGUAAACCCGGGGAGGAGGGGGCAAUGGGUGUUAGCAGUAUUCUGGAGGAGGAGCUGGAGGACUCGGGGCUGACCCCCUCCACCACAGCCACCUCUCAACAGGAGCUGAGCCACCACUCAGACUGCGAUAACACCCAGGGGAACUCUGUGAGCGCCGACAGCAGGAGCGGCUCCUCAGUCCCUGGAUGUGUGCCCCGUGGCGGGACGUCAGAAUCGGGUUCUGCCACGGUUAGUGGAGGAGGGGUGGGCUCCACAGGAAGCCAGCCUGUGGUACGACCAAAGAAACGGAGAAAGAGCUACCGGAGUUUCCUUCCAGAGGGCAGCGGCUACCCGGACAUCGGUUUUCCUCUCUUCCCGCUGUCUAAGGGGUUUGUGAAGAGUGUUCGCGGCGUGCUGCUGCAGUACAGAGCUGCACUGGCCGCCACCGGCAUCCCUGAAUGCACAGAGGACAAGUAAGUGCCUCCUCCAGCUCCCCGACACAUCUCUGCACUGUCCUUUCCUUUCUCUUCCUUCUCUUCUACCUUUUCAUCUGCCUCAGUCUGUAGAAGAGGAUUCAUCUCUUGUUGUCUUGGUCGGGGUUUGCUACAGUCUUAAAUCCUGUGUACCCCUGUCCAGAGCUGCACUGGGCCCCCAGCACUGCCCGUAUUUUUGCUCAUAUCCUUUAUUUCCAUUCCUUCACUAAUCCCGCUGCCCCAAACUCCACAUCGGCGCAGGAGAACGGCAGCGUUUAUCAGCAGAGCGAACAGAUUCGGACAUGACUUGAUAAUGUCUUUGUUCUCCUUCAGUGUCCUCGCCGAUGUCCAGUAUGUGUGUGAUGAAUAAAGAACGGCGGACGUUACACGUGUUCAUCAGUAACUAUGGGGACGACCUUGUUGCACAGGAGCCGCCAUCUUUGAUGGGUGCUUCGGGAAACAUGGAAAGCUUUUACCGGAGGCCGUUGAUGGUGUAUGAUUCUCCCCGUCUCCCGCGUCAGGAGUUUGACUUCAGCGGAAGUGGUGUGGAUGCAAAGAAGGACUGAAUGAAAGAAACUGUGCCAUGAACCCACCUGCACCCCCCAUCCACCGAUCCUCCAGCAGCCUCCAUCACACAGGUGGAGAGUUGCGGGACAACCACUCUGCUGUCAGUCAGACUGAUGAUCGUCACUACAUUUUGGACGAGGUCAAAGAAUGCUGGGUUCCAAUAAAAAAACUGCAAAGUCCAGCUUUUCUGGCUGUUGGGCCACAAGCGGCUCUGUGUAGCACUACUGAUACUAUCGCUGUAACAUCCUGCACCACAACAAACCAACGGACAGUCUGGUCUGGGAGGGGUGACAUAUAAAUACUCUAACCAGAUGGGUUCUUUUUAAAUAGACAUCACUGGUUGUACGCUUUCUGCCAAAAUUCUCUCUAUCCACAAACACCACAACGCACACAUCCACAAAUACCCAAGUAGAACGUACUGAAUGUCAGUAAAACUGCCAGCCACCACAGCUUCACCGUUCGCCAAUCACUCGCACUGAACCACGCAGCAAACAUCGAGUGACAAAGUUUACAAUCGCCUCUGGAGGUCAGAGCGCUGUAGCCGUUUGUACAGAUGUUAGCCGGGCACAGAACGACGGCGAAAGAGUUUCACUGCUUCAGGUUCGUCACAGCUUCACACGGCUGUCGCUUCUACGUUUAAAGACAAAAACCAUAAAAAGUAAAGUUACAUUCACUUUCUGUAGAAGUUAGAACGUUGCCUAACUUGAACCUGUGCUUUGACGUUUCGAUGCGUUUUACUCACAGAGGUUAAUUGUAAGUUAUCAGAAUGGAGCCUUUACCCACAAUGCUCCACUUUUUCACUGGUCAGGAGACAGAGGUGAUCCUACAUUCACUGCAAAUGACACAAAUUUAACAAAACAAACAAAAAAAAAACCAUACAGCAUCCAUUCCGUCAUUUCAUGUCAACAUGUUGCCUUACUUGAAUUGUUCUUAAUGAUCUCAGACCAUCAUGUGCACAGCUGCUCGUGUCCUGCUUUAGACAUUUAGACACACUAGAACCACUAAACCCUGUGUUUUUCCUCCCUAAUAGUGCAGAUCUCUCAUUUUGUUCUCGGCCGUCUCCAUAUUCUUAUUUACCUUUCCGAAAUUGCACGUGCAGAGUUUAAUACCAUCAGAAUACAAGGUACAGUCUGUUCAUGUUGCACUUAUCCUAUAUUCUCUUUUUUUAUUUUUAUUUUUUUCCCUUUUUUCAUCUAUUCUUUUACUUGAGUGACUGCCGACUCCACAGAAGUGAAAUUACAGCAACAAUAAACCCUCGCUGACUGUUGCCACAGGUCUUUUAUUUUCUUAAAUAAACAUUUUGCCACACAUUUUGCUGUAAUUUACUGUGAAAAGUUCAGGGACCUGACGUAAAAGUCACCUUCAGGUCCGAUACAUGCUUCCUGGGAGAAAUCAGUGCAGUCUUUGUUUACAUCUUUAGAAAUAACCUCAUCUCAUAUUUAAUGUUUAUUUUUUCUUAUCUUGAUAUUCAUAUUAUUAUUAUUGUAAUUCUUCUUCAACAGGUCAAACAAACCCCCUGUGCUUAGUAUAUCUGUGAAAUAAUAAAUGACAGAGCGUUGGCUGUCUGGUAUUUACUUGAAUAAAGAGCCUUGAUGCUGAAGAGUGUUUGGAAAGAAGAGGUGAACCGUGAGCCAGGACUUGCUGUGUUUUAAAGAGACUUAGGAAACGAAGAGGUUAUAAAUGAGGGUAUUUUGUUUUGCUUUGUCUUCCAUUCCUCCUACCUGACUUCUGCUGGCAUUCCUGUUUCAGAUGUGGCAAUCAGGCAUCAUUUUGUCCUUGUGGAUUUCAUUUCACUUCAUUCUUUCUCUGCCUUUAACUGCUCCGGACGAGGGUGUGUUUGUCGUCUUCACCGUAGCCUUGUUUACGUUCCUGUCAUUUGAGUAAAAUAUCACCGAUACAGAUCUUGGAACGAGUGUGUUUUCCCUUUUUCGUCUAAUGGUUACAUCUGUCAGAAGAGUUAAGAAGUACAUGCCAUGGAUAUAGUGUUUCCAGAAGGGACAAACACACAACAACGCCAAGAACAAAGAAGGUGAUGUUCCUGCUCCCUCUUUUCCAUUUGUCAAAUUGCAAAAACAGAAAAUGUGAAGCGAUCUCACUAGAUCUUGAAGCAAAAUCUGGCAGGAUAUCAAGCACAUGAUGCUAUGUACUAUUUUCUGUGUAUGAGUGUAUAUUAUUCAGAUUCAAACCAUUAUUAUUAUAAUUAUUAUUAUUACUACGAGAAGUUUGUUUUUACAGCCAAAGCAUGUAACAUGUUGCUUUAAGCCCUCUGAACGGGCUACACUCAAGACUUGACUGUACGAUGUCUACAUUUCCACAGUGGCCUGUUAUUGAUAUAUUAAAAAAAGAACUAAUAAAGUUAUGAUUUGUAGCCUGAUUCCCUCUGUACAGACAUCAUGACUAUAUUGAAAUAUAUAGAUGCAUAUAUAUUUAACACAAACUUGAGUUCAAACAAGUCAUGUGGAUGCUUGGGGCAUAUAUGUACAAAAUGCUGAGUGUGUACUGUACUAAUUAUUUCAUUUCUCAUUUUUUAAUGGUUUACUUUUGUUGCGUUAAGACAACUGUAUAGUGAUGUAUUAAACUUUGCAAGCAGUACUAUA